GCGAGUCAGAAUGUGAACUACAUAGGGGGCCUGUCAUUCGACUAAGUACGAUGAAUACGAUAAAACCGGCGACCGGACUCUACGUGAAUCGCAUCGAAACCACCGCACCUCAAGCUCAAGCUCGACUCAUCCUCCCUCGAGUUUCCUUCAGCCAACUGGACGCACGCGGUUUGACGGACUCGGACAAUGGCAACAGAUACUCGGCCAGAAAAGAAACAAGAUACAUGGUCUGCUUCUAACUAUCAAACGACCGCCUCAUUCGUGUAUUCCAAUAAGUUCACUGCCCCCGUCCUCACGCUGUUGGAUGCCAAACCGGGAGAAAAGAUCAUAGACGUCGGCUGCGGGAGCGGCGAAGUGACAGUGCAGAUCAAACAGCUGGUAGGAGAAUCGGGGUUGGUAGUGGGACUGGAUAGUAGCGAGAGCAUGAUCGUUCAAUGCAACGAAGUCGGGCUCGAGCACGCGUUCGUAGGCGAUGCGCAGGCCAUAGAGAUCCCGUCUUCAUGGGAUGCCUCUCUGCAAGGCGGAUAUGACGCGGUAUUCUCCAAUGCGGCCCUGCACUGGUGCAAGCAGAACCCGAAGGGCGUGGUCGAGAGCGCGAAGCGCCUGCUGAAGCCUGGGGGCCGUUUCGUCGUCGAGAUGGGAGGACAAAUGAACUGCAUCGGGGUGAGGGCGGCCCUGCACCACGUCCUCCGGAGCCGGGGCUAUGACCCCGAACUGCUUGACCCGUGGUACUUCCCAUCCGUCGCGGACUAUAGUGCACUGCUCGAAUCUGCUGGCUUCGACGUGCAAACCAUCUCCCUCCAUCCCCGCAUCACCCCACUCAAUGGCGCUGUGAUUGACUGGCUACGCCUCUUUGCGAGGCCGCAUUUCCUGGGAACGAUGGAUGACAAGGCGGCGGAGGAGAUCAUGGAGGCCGUGCAGGAGAUGUGCGCGGUCGACUGCCGGGACUCGGAGGGGAGAUGGAGCAUGGUGUAUAUCCGCCUGAGAUUCGUUGCCAUUUCGCGGGCGUAGAUAUGCAGCUGCGCUUGCAGAGAACUGCUCAAUGAUACGACAAGGAAUAGGAGGGCUUUGCGCAACAGUCCUUGCCAGUAAUGAGCAAGAGA